AUGAAGAAGAAACGUCAGAACGCGACGAAGCAGAACCAGGAGCCACACCCCGUGGGGAGCCUCCCAACUGACGUCCUCUUCGGAAUACUGUCGCUGGUGCCCUACAAGUCGCUCUGCCGUUUCAAGUGCGUGUCCAAGUCGUGGCAGGCCCUCUGCUCCGAGCCGGACAUCCGCAAGAGGUGCAAGAGGUCGUCGCAGACCCUGUCUGGCUUCUUCUUCUACAACGAUGACCAUGGAGGCUUCAACUUUCUCAAUCUGUCCGGCAGAGGCCCUCCUUUGGUCGACCCUUCUCUCCCUUUCUUGCGCGGGAGCUACGACCGCUUAGAGGUCAAGCAUUGUUGCGGCGGCCUUCUCCUCUGCAAAUGCUGGGCGUCACGUCACGAGGAAGACAAGUAUGAUUAUGUCGUGUGCAAUCCUAUGACUUGGAAGUGGACUGUCCUGCCUCCUCUAAUGGUGCAGCACGAAGAGGAUGGUGAUCUUGUGAGUUAUGAACCGAUGAAUAUCUUCCUAGGCUUCGAGGCGGCCCGUCCGUCUCGCUUCACGGUGUUUGCGCCCCUGGCCAUCUGUGAUGACGAGUUCUCAGAAAUUGCGAUUUACUCAUCAAAGACGAGGCGAUGGAUCGCGGUGCAGAGCGACUCAACUACUCUGGCUGCUAAUUCAGAGUGUGUCUUCCUGAAUGGCACUAUGCAUUUGCCUACUGAUUGUGCUUCGGUACUCACCAUUGACACCAAGGGGGAGGAUUGGGGUGAGUUUUAUAUGCCAGACCGCAUGCCGUGCAGUGGCAGCAAUAAGGUUUCCAUUGGGCAAUCUCAGGGACGGUUGCAUGCGUGGCAGAUAUAUAAGGAUGAAGAGUUUGACGAUGAUAGCCACCUCUAUGUUUGGGUUCUUGAGGAUUAUGCUAGCGGAAAGUGGAGGGAACUUGGUGAAGGUAUUACCGUUUCGGAACUGUUCGGGAGGGAACCUGGUGAAGAUGAUUUCUCCUAUACCGGGCUUGCAAUUCAUCCUGAUUCUAAUUGUAUUUUCCUUACCGACGAGGAGGAAAUGACAUUGUCGUAUGAUAUGGAAAGUAAAAAGGUGAAUGUUAUCAGCAGUUGUCAAGGGUUCCAGAAUGCUCUACCUUAUAAACCAUGUUUUGCGAAAUGGAAAUGGUCUCCGGAUGGUCACUGA